AUGUCUUCAAACGUAAUGAUUAUUGCUAUUAUUCUGGCGGCGCUUGCAGUCUGCUGGGCAGAGAAAAACACUGAGAAGAGAAGUGCAACUGGCUGGGAUAUUAGUAGUUUGAUACCAGGUUUAGUUCAAGUAUCUGCUGCACCAGUUAGUGCCAGCUGGCCAUCGGAUACUAGCUCAGAUGUAGCUGGUGCUAUAGCAGCAGCAAAAGCGGCAGCGGCAGCAGUGAUGGCAGCACAGAGACAAGUUGCUGCCGCAAAGCACGCUGCUCUUGAACAGCAGAACAUGGCCAGUGUAAAAGAAGCUGAAGCUGCUCAUGCUGCUCAUAAAAGCGAGGAGACAGCUCGCGCCGCCCGUGCCCAAGCUCUUGAAGCUGCACAAAGCGCUGUGCAUGCGCAGGCGCAGCUUGCGUCGGCUAAGGCAAGGGCAGCAGCUGCUCAAAAGAUUGCCGCUGCGAGAGAGGCAGCUGCGGCCCGCGCUAUACAACAGGCAGCUCAGAACCAGGCCGCUAAACUGCAAAACGCUGAUUUAGAAGCCCUAAAGCUGUCAGUGAUCCAGAGCUCAGGAGCUGCAGGUGCUGCAGGUGCGGCACAGCAUGCUGCAACAGCUGCUGCAGCAGCUCUCAAACCAGCCAGCUGGACUCCUUCAUGGAAGACCUGGACCUCAACUGGACCUUGGGCCUGGUCUUAA